GAGAAGAAAUAUAGGAGUAGGAUCGUUAGAGUGCGCAUGCGCAGAGAAUUUCCCGGGAAUCGGGUCUUUCCGGGUCUCCGACACGGAUUUCCCACUUUCGUCCGUCACUUGAGCGUCCGAGUCGGCGACGUGCGAGACACGGCAACAGGUGACGAAUAUUCGCGUCGGAAAGAGAGUUUACUAUCAAGAGAGAGAGGAAGAGAGAGACAGAGAGAGAGAGAGAGAGAGAGAGAACAUUUCAAUCUUCUCGAUAAUCGAUUCUUCAUACUCGCAAGAAAUUCAACGAUAAUUUCAUUCCUCGAGUAAUCGUUCAUUUUCCUCGUUCAUUUUUUGAUACUUUCUUGCUCCGAAGUUUCCUGAAAAACGAACGAACGUACGAAAAGGAAAAGAAGAUUUUUGUUCGUUAAUUAAAUCAAUCUGAUUUAACGCGAAAUGAGUGUCGACGACAUGAUCAACUACAAGCCCGACGAGGACGAGGAUCUUUACGCUCUUCUAUCCUGCGACGAGUCAGCGACGGUCGAGCAAAUCAUAGCAGAAUAUAAGGCACUAGCCUUACAAUAUCAUCCUGACAAAAAUGCCGGUGACAAGGAGGCCGAGGCAAAAUUUCAAAAGCUUAAAAAUGCCAAAGAGAUUCUAUGCGACCCGGAAAAGAGGAGCAACUACGACAAGUGGCGGCACAGUGGUAUUUCCAUUAGCUACAAGCAGUGGCUCGGCAUGAAGGAACACGUUCAUCAAUCGAUGCAUUGGAGUACACCAAAGAUGAAGGACCGGAUGCUGCCGGACGGAAGUACUGUUGGUGGUGGAGGGGGAGGUGCCGAGGGUUCACCAGGUCAUGUGAAAGGUCAGGCCCCGAAUGCUCACAGAAGGGCCAGCGAGGGUGGCGCCAAUAUUUACUACGGUGCUCGGCGUGACGUCGAGUGGGACUCGCAGGCCUCUAGUGAGGUCGUCAACAAGUUUCGUAACUAUGAGAUCUAAAAUUUUGAGAUCUAUAGGAGAACAACGAUCGUUGAUGGAGGAUCCUUCCUUUUUCGUAUCGUGUAGGAUCAAGAUCGAUCGUUAUGUAUUUCUAAUUAUCUCUCUUGCUCUCUGUUUGAUGAAGAUGAUCCCUUACGACAACAUAAACAAUAGCAACAACAAGAACAACAACAAUACAUGCAUGCGUAUACAGGGUGUUCUAUUUUAAUCGAUUAACGUUAUAAUCGUUGUAUGUAAAAUAAUCUUUAAUGGUGUUGAAAAGAUGUCGAUUAAUUAUUUUCUUUUUUUUUUUUUUUCUUUCUUUAUACUUUUUAAUUAUAAUUUUUCAAUUGACUUCGAUCGAAAGAAAAUCGAUUUAAAUGAGACACCCGUAAUAUACGUGGAAGGAGCGCCGUACAACAUACAUACACGUAGACAAACACACGUAUACAUACCUCCUUGUGCAUUUAUCGUUCGUCACUGUCCAACCAACAGCAGGAAAAUGGCUCGGAAGACGAUACUAAGGGCAAGUCUAAUUUUUUUUCUCCAACGUCGUGAACAAUUUAUUUAUAGUGCUUGUUUCUUUUUUCUCUUUCUUAUCUUUUUACUUUUUUUUUAUUCUCACAGGAAAAAACCUUCAGAAUUUGAAUGUGUAAGAUUUAUUUUUUUUUUUUCAUCGAAGAAAAUCCGCUCUUGCAAAACGUUUCUUCUACAACAAUUUCUUUAAAAAGAAUAUUAAAAAAUGAAAAAAAAUUAAUCUUUAAAGGAUCGUCCUCUCUCUCUCUCUCUCUCUCUCUUUUUCUCUCUGUCACUCUGUGAAGUGAAGGGAGGAGAGUCACGAGUUUGAGAGAAAUACGGGAGUACAAUACAUAGUGUUCACGGUGUUUCGUUAUUAAUUUUCUUUGCUCGGCAUUCGACGAAAGACAAGCAAAAAGCGAGAAAAGAGGUAUCCUUGAAACGAUGAAUUGUGAAUGAUCAGAGAAAACGAUAUAAAUACGUACUUACGUAUAAAAGAUAAGAUCGUAAAUCUUAUCCAAUGUUGGUCUCGCGUUAAUAAAUAUACGAAUUCAAUCGUUUUUUUCCCCGUGGAAAUUUCCUAAUAACACGACUAGUUUAUUAUUAACAAAAGAAACAAAGUUUUAUCGAAUCGAAAUAAGAGAGCGAGCGAUAAGGGUCGAUCGGUUGGACGGUGCUUUUGAUGUCGUGUUGAGAGAAUAAAUAAAUAAAUAAAUAAAUAAAUAAAUAAAUAAAUAAAUAAAUAAAUAAAUUAAUUAAUUAAUUAAAAAAAAGAGAUAUAAUAAAGAAAAUAAAUAAAGAGAAUGAAAAAAGGUAAAAAAGGAACAAAAAAAAAGAAGAAGAAUUAUAAGGGGUAAAAGAAAUUAUCGAUUCCACGUGCGGGGGAGUCACGAGAUAAGAUUAAAUUCGUUGUUUCUACAGUAAGGCUCUCACUUCCCAAUGGAAUACUUAAAGAGUCUUGUCUUCCAAAUGGGAGAGAGGUGACAGGAGUAGUAUUGCGAGGAAGGGAAAGAAAAAAAAAGAAGAGAUACUAGCAGAAAAGGAAAGAAAAGAAGAGAAAAGAAAAGAAAGAUUGAAAGAAAAAGAAACGAGAUCGUUUCGAUGUUCGAUAUAUGUACGUUCAAUCGUACGAAAUAAAAUACGCGACAAUGCGCAAAUAGAUAAGCAAAUAGAUAAGAUCUUUGUCCUCUAUUCAAAAAAAAAAAAAAAAAAAAAAAUAAGGAAAACAGGAACGAAACUUCGGCCGCUGAAUCGAACUCGAGAAUCGUAUCUCUAUUUUCUUUUUUUUUCUUCUUUCUUCUUUUUUUUCUUCUUCUCUCGUAUUCGAGGAAGGCCAAACUUUUUAAGUAUAUAUCUAUUCCAUUGUGAAAUAGAGCGAAGAAGCGCACUCGUACCUGUAUCUAAUGUCAAACGCAAGCAAAGUACUUACAUCGUUACUCCUCGUCGCUUUCCAUUUCGAAAAAUGUUUCAUUCGUUUUACGCUUCCCGUCAUCAUUUUUUGAUAUUUUUCGAAUUUCACGUUCAUCGUUCGAUCUAACGAAAAAAAAACAAAAAAAUAUAAUAAAAGAAGAGAUGACAUAUUUUUGGCUUUGUCAUUCGAUGGCUCGUAUCUUUUUUUUUCUUCUUUUUUUUGUUUUUUUAUUGUUUGUUUCCUCUUGUUUAUUUAUUUAUUCUAUCCUACGUCACACACGCAUACGCAUGAACAAGGCUUUACAUUCUCGUCGUUACACGAUGAUAUUGAAGUUGUCUUUCGACAACUUAUUCGAAAAUUUUCUAAUUCGUUUUAAUAUAUAUAUAUAUAUUCUUUUUAUAUGUAUAUAUAAUAUAUAAUACAUACAAAAAAUGCAGAUUCCCAACGAUAUUAUUGUAACGAUUAAACGAAACUUACACCUUCUCUUUCUUUCUCUCUCGAUCGAUCGAUCGACGGACGUUCGUUUCCUUGUUAUGUUUGUCAUAAUAGAAACUAAAACAUGCCUAUCUAUAGCUGGUUUAAAUAACGAUUUAAUGGUCUAGUGGUCAAUUAACAUACGUACAUAUGUGUAUCGAUGUAUAUAUCCUUUAGUCAUUGUUCCGAAUUUCUUCACUUUACUAUUACUGCUGCACACAUAUGAUUUUUAUUUUCUUUUUUUCUAAUUUCUUUUUACUUUAUCUUUUCUCUCUUUUUUUUUUCUUUUUUUUUUAAUGACAUUCGGAACCAACUCUCCCUUGUGCAAACUGGAUAUAUCAUUAAUAUAUAAUGUCAUAAAAACAAAUGAGUUGUUCGAUGAGUUAAAUGAAAGCAUAACACGAUAAUGAUAAUAAUUGUAAUAAUGAUAAUAAUAGCGACAACCACUAUCGUCAUUGUCAUCGUCGUAAAGAUAAAAACGUAAUAACGUUAGACUUCGAAUUAAUUGCGAUCGUCGUUAUGAAUCAUUCCUCUUCCAAACGAUUCUUGUCCCUUUUCCUAUCUAUUAUCUGUUCCCGGUCCAAAAAGCCUAUAAAUAUAGAUUUUUAUUUGCGUCUGUAUAUUUCUUAAAAGGACACAAGGACAACAGUAUAAAGAGAUAACAAAGAAUUUAAGGACCACGUAGAUAGUGUUCGUCCUUAUUGACGCAUAAAAAAAAGAAAAAAGGAAUAAAAGGGCAAAUUGAUCGUAUCGAAAUUCUAUAAAAGAUUUGAGAUUGUUAGAAGAGAUAGAAGAAGAAAAAGGAAAAUAAAGAGAUUAGAAGAAGAAGAAGGGGAAAAAAGAAAGAAAGAAAGAAGAGAUCGUAGAUAAUAAUAAUAAUUCAAAUCUAAUAUGCAGAACGCAAAAGCUGAAAGUUUCAUUGGCAUUUUAUCAAAUGAGAUUGGCCAUACUUUCGCCUGCGUAGUUUUGAAAUGAGAAAUUCUUGGACCAUCCUGUACGUGUAUGCGUAUAUACCUGUAUACCUAUAUUUUUCUAUCACGGAUUCGUCUGUGACUAUGUCUUCGAUGCUUUAUGGAGUAUCGUCGUUAAUAUUGUCGACUAUUUAUUAUUUUCUAUAUAAUAUUGAUUUAUAGUCAGACGUGCUCUCGGAAAAAGACAUUGAUAGGUUUAAUUGAAAAAAAAAGAAAAAAGAAACAGAAAAUUUAAUCGGAAUUAAUAAUUAUCAUUAUGAGAGAUUAAUUCAAUAGGUAAUACGUACUCGUACAUGUGUUCCUGAUUUCUUAAAUAAUUCUUUUCUUUCAUUUGCUAAUAUAUAGAAUUAUGAUAAAGUACAAGUCCGAGUGUUAAGAAUGUUAUGUAAAUUCUAUAUAUAUAUAUAUAUAUAUAUAUAUAUAUAUAUAUAUAUAUAUGUAAGUCCUUCAUGAAUUUUCCGAGGCACGGGAUUUUGUUAUGUAAAUUAUUAUGUAAAAAUUAUGAAUUUGUCACGCGCUGGUCGACGUGACGAUGUGUACUCGCACCAUUAAAGAUUCAAUAAAUGUGUUUAAUUAUGAAAA